AUGUUUCAAGAACUCGGCGAGUCCUCGGGUAGCGAGUGUUUGGGAAGCAUGACCCCGGAGAGCCGGGAGAUCUACCUGAGGAUGGACCACCGCCGGAGGCGCUCCGGGUAUAGACUGGGACGGAUCAUUGCCAGGCAACAACUUCUCAAGAAGAUAGCCGGAGAAGUCGAGGCGAAGGAGGCGUGCGACUGGCUGCGAGCUGCCGGAUUUCCCCAGUAUGCGCAGCUCUUUGAAGAGUCUCAGUUCCCCAUUGACAUCAGGCCCGUCAAACGAGACCACGACUUUCUGGACAAAGAUCUCGUCGAGCCUCUUUGCAGACGACUCAACACCUUAAAUAAGUGCGCCUCGUUGAAACUUGAUGUGAACCUCCCAAAGAAGAAAAGCGAAGACUCUGAUGAGGAGGACCUGUUUGCCAUCAGUGACAAAUGGACCUUUGAAUGGAGCAGCCGGCGCUGGUCCAGGCUGCAAGACAUUGACCGUCUUCUGGGUAAUCGAGGAUCGGAUCCGUCGGCGGGGGACGACCCGCCUCUCAGAACCGCGACCAGCAGCGAAAGCGUUCUGACGGACCUCAGCGAGCCCGAAGUAUCCAGCGAGGGCAGCGGUCCUCGGGGUCUCAGCGCCGAGGACUCGGACGGUUCCGACCGCACCCGCUGGGAUUCCGUAGUCAUGCCGGACUCCACGUCGCUGACAAUGUCUCAUUUUCCGCAUUACGGCUCGCUGCCUCGCAAGCACGCCAAGACGAGUCGCACCCGUGCCAAAGACUUCCUGAAACGCAUGGAGACGCUGCGUUCCAGGGGCGCCGUGACGAGAGGUCGCAAGACGUUGGUCAUUAGCGCUCCGGUGGUUCAGAGGGAAGUCCGCGCUCUAAAGACGAUACCCUGCGCCGAGAUCAUAAACGGAGACGGCGGAACUCCGGAGCCCCCGUCCCGCAAAGUUCCGUCCCAGUCCGGCAGCGAAGGUAGCGGCCAUUCCAGCGGAAGCGCCGGCAGCACGCCCAACCUUAAAGACCGAAAAGCGUACCGGGCCGACCACAAGCGAAGCGGCAUGUAUUUGGAAGACGUGGACGUUCUCUCAGGCGACCGAGUUGCGGAACACAAUCGCCUUAAUGAAUUCUGCUCCUACGAGGACCUGCUGGUCCACAUUCCUAACGACCACAAGCCGGGAACCUUCCCCAAAGCGCUGUCGAUAGAAAGCCUUUCGCCAACCAACGGGGCCCCGAUCGACUGGCACGCCGGCAGCGUGCAUUUAGACACGAUGCUGAUUUCAUGCCGGCAAGAAUCCGAGUCAGUUACGCAGCGCUGUUCCCGAGGAAGCCGCAUCAGCGUUUACGAUAACGUCCCCGGUUCUCAUCUCUACGCCAGCACUGGGGAUCUCAUAGAUCUGGAGAAAGAAGACCUCUUUCCCCACCUGGAUGACAUUUUAAUGCACGUAAGUGGUCUGCAGCAGAUCGUAGACCGUUGGUCCAAAAAUGUGCUGCCGGGCGGUCGAGGUGUGUCGUGGUCGGACGGAACAAGGGAACGCACCGCUCAAAUCGCGCUCGAUUUGGAGGCGGAUUCAGCGACAGAAAGCCGGACUCGGCCGAGCGCCGGAGACGGAGUUUCUCUUUGGGACGUCGAAGCGACCGGGCUCGGGGAAAGGAGGGACUCUGGAGUGGGGGCUUCGCUUACAAGACCCAGUCGGUUACGCUGGCCCAGCUUUCAGAUAUCCGAUCGUCUCAGCCGCUCGGUGGCGUCCCUGCAGAUAACCAACCAAUCGGCCGGCCAGCUGAGUUUGUUACAGAAGUUCUCUCUGCUCCGUCUUACUGCCAUCAUGGAAAAGUACUCCUUGUCAAACAAGCACGGCUGGACCUGGGCAGUACCAAAGUUCAUGAAGCGAAUGAAAGUCCCGGACUACAAGGAUAAGAACGUGUUUGGCGUACCUCUUAUAGUUCACGUACAGCGAUCCGGACAACCGCUGCCCCUCGGCUUGCAGCAGGCCCUGCGGUACCUGAGGAGCCAGUGUCUCGACCAGGUGGGACUGUUUCGUAAGUCGGGGGUCAAGUCCAGAAUCCAAGCGCUAAGGCAGAUGAACGAAAGCGCUCCCGACAACGUGAACUACGACGACCAGUCCGCUUACGACGUGGCGGACAUGGUGAAGCAGUUCUUCCGGGAUCUGCCUGAGCCGCUUCUCACCAGCAAGUUGGGAGAAACCUUCCUCCAUAUCUACCAAUAUGUACCGAAAGACCAAAGAUUCCAGGCCGUCCAGGCCGCCAUCAUGUUGAUGUCGGACGAAAACCGAGAGGUGCUUCAAACGUUGCUUUGUUUCCUGAGUGACGUCACGUCCUCGGUGGAGGAGAACCAGAUGACGCCCACGAAUAUUGCCGUGUGCCUGGCGCCCUCCCUUUUCCAUCUCAACAUACUCAAGAAGGACAAUCUUUCGCCGAGGGCGAUACAGAAGAAGUACGCGAGCGGAAGACCCGACCAGAAGGACCUGAAUGAGACUUUAGCAGCAACGCAGGGUCUCGCACACAUGAUCACGGAGUGCAACCGUCUCUUUGAGAUACCUCACGAAAUGGUGACCCAGUCGCGCAAUUCGUACGUGGAGGCCGACCUCCACGCGCCGGCCUUUGAGGAGCUUUACAAGCAGCUGGAGGAUGACGACGAAACGCACCGGAACCACAUGGAGGGACAGUUGGAAAACCUGCUGAAGGAGGCCCGCGAAAAAUCCAAAUACUGGGUGUCUUGCGGCAGUUCCGAUAACACAGAGCUAUACUACAAAAAGGUGGGCGACGGAAACCCGCUGAAACGCUGGAGGACGUCCGUGGAGGUGGAAGCGCCGCCGUCCGUCGUGUUGAACCGCGUGCUGCGGGAGCGCCACAUGUGGGAUGUUGACCUGUUGCAGUGGAAAGUGUGCGAGACGCUAGACAAGCAGACGGAGGUGUUUCAGUACGUCCUCAAUCGGAUGCCGCCUCACCCUAGCCGAGACUUUGUGGUUCUCAGGUCAUGGAGGACAGACUUGCCCAAAGGCGCGUGUUCCCUGGUUUCUGUCUCUGUUGAGCACGAGGAUUGUCCUCCCGUCGGAGUGGUACGAGCGAUUGUGCUGGAGUCCAAUUACCUUCUGGAACCCUGUGGCUCAGGAAAGUCCAGACUGACUCACAUUUGCAGAGUGGAUUUGAAGGGAAGGACUCCGGACUGGUAUAACAAAGCCUUUGGCCAUCUUUGUGCCGCAGAAGCCGCUCGCAUCCGCAAUUCUUUUCAGCCGCUCAUUACGGACGGUCCGGAGACCAAAAUAUGA